AUGGCCGACGUCGAAACCCCCACAAUGGAUGAAUCCCUCGCGCCGUCCGAAACGGCGGACGACCAGUCCCAUGGUAUAACGGCCAGCGCAACGGUCGGCACAAGACGCCAGGCGAAUGGCACGAUCGGCUCCGUGUACUCGGGCAAUAAGAUCCGACAUCUGAAGAAAGAAGAUGGUAUCCCACUGUGGCGCAAAGACAUCCAAUACCAGUUCCUCAAGCUCGUCUUCGAAGAUAAGACACCCGUGUUCACGCGGUACCCCGACGGCGAGAAGAACCUGGACUUUGCCGACAUCUACAUCGACGCCAUGGCGAGGAGCAGCAAGACGAGCAAAAUCCUCAAGGAUAAGCUGCAGAAUGAUAAGCCGGCAGCCAUUAGUAUGGCGAUGGUCUGUUUGUUGGUCAAUUUUGGUCGCAUGAACACCACCCUCAACUUCUUCCCCGAAAUGCGUGCUCAGCUACGAACGUACCACUCCAUUCCUUCGCUGCAGGCUCAUCAGGACACCAACGCUUAUAAACAGCUGCAGGACGCUCCGCGCCUGAAGUCCAUCCUGAAGGGCGCCUCGGAGGAUGUCGAUCAACCGAAUACUUUGGAAAAGAUCAAGCGCAUGGCUGUCCCCCGAACGAACCCUGUGAACCUCAUCUUCGUUUUGGCACAGUAUGCACCCAGGGUGUCCGAGACGCAUUUCUUCCCUCCACGUGACUUCUUCGAUUUGGUGAUGCGGUCCACAUUGAGCAGUAAAAGCCGAGCCAAAGCAUUCUUGUGGCUGAUGUGGUGGUACUUGGAGAGUGAUUUCAGCCGUGAGGCUGCUUUGAACAAUCCGUUUGGUCCCGGGCUGGAAGGCGAAGGAGCUGAGGGCUUGCCUUUGAAAGUGCCCGUAUUCGACAGUUUGACGGAAGAGCAGGCCAACGAGGAGAACGUCGAUACACCGGAGGAGUUGGAAUAUGGAGAGACGAAGAGACUAGAGCGCAAACGCAUUCUUGAAGAAGAUGAGCCUCUUCCCAGGGUUGUGAAACGCCCAAAGAAAGAGUACGGUUUCGACGAAGAAUCUUUUGCGGGAGACUACUCUGGCUUGGGAGGUCGUAAUUCAGCCAUGUCUACACCCCUUCAUCCAUCUGCUAAGCGAAGCUUGGAUGACGACGAAGAAGAAUUAACCCCCGGGUCAUCUCGACCACGCACCAAGCAAGUGAAACGAGAAACGGCCGUUAACCAAGCUUUGGGUCAUCAACGCCUUAUUUUGAAAACAAGGAUGGAACAUACACCCAAUGCUUCCCCUGCUCCUUCUGGCUCUGGACUCAUGGACCGCUUCAUUCCCGAGCCCUUGCUAACACAGUCCACCAGCCGUCGACCGCGUCCAUUGACGCAGCAUCAAAUUGCUGUGGAGCAAAAUCGUCGACAGCGGAUUGAAUAUUUGCUUGCCAAACGGCGAAGCAAUGCAUAUCGUGUGCUGAGUGCCAAGCGCAACAGCGAAAUUCCAUUUGCUCGAUAUGGCCGUCUUCUCCAGAGCUUACCGGAAGGUUACGACACAGAGGAUGAAGAGGGGUCGUGGGGCAAGGGGGGUCUGCUGCCGAAUCCCCAGGCCGAGGAUGACUAUGGCGAGUGCGCAAAUUUCUUCCUCUCUGUCGUUCGCAAGGCCACUCGACGUCUUGAUCGAUGGGAUUAUGAGGACGCCAACGGACCAAAGAAAGACCGUCAAAAGGAGCGUGAGGACCGACAGCGGACUAAGGCCGCUCUUGAGGCUGAUCUCCGGGCCGCCAGCAAUCGGUCUCGUCCCCGUCCUUCCCGCGGUGGUGCCGCCGCGAAACGCAAGUCCACUGGUCCCACAUCUACCCCCGGCACCGCUAAAAAGCCUGCUGCACGCCCCAAGGGUGUUGGCAGUGGCCUUGCCGGCGAGUAUGUUGGUGGUGACGAGGAGGUUGAUGGAGAACUAGACGACCUCGACCGGGAGCUGCUGGGAGAAGGCUCUGGCGAGGAGGAUGGACCGCAACGAAUCGGCUCUCCCGCUGACGGAGAUUCCUCGGAUGACUCCGGGGAUGACGAUGAUGCGGUUGAUGGCGAUGAGAUCUCAUCUGCUUAUGACGGCCCCAAUGGCUAUGCACGACACCACAGUUCGUCCCCCGUUCCGGGAACUGGCGAACCACGUGGGGAUGCCAUGGAAGAUUAA